GAUGCCUUAAUCUGUUCACAGAGAACGUCCAUUCAGAAUGAAACCAAACCACUCAAGAGCGCACUCUUCUCGUUUCAUUUCUGACGCUUCUGAAUUACCACCACUCACGUGAUCACCCUGCAAACAUACCACACACACCAACUUCUCUCUCUCACUUGUCUCGUCAAAAGCCUAUUUCCAACCUUUCACUACUCAAUACACUGAAAAGCAACUAGAGUAGAGUACCCACUCAUAAACAACAACUUAAAAACCCUCCUGCCAAGUGCCAAACUUCCCUUGAUCUCUAGCUGCUACCAUGGAGUCUCUCAGCAUGAUCCUCAACUCCAGGAGCUCUUCCACUGAAGAAGAAGAGGAAGACCAUGAUGAAGGCCCCUUCAUUGACUUAGAGUUCUCCAUCCCUGAUGAAGACUCUGAGGACUCUGAGAACUCCACCCUUUCCUUGUCCCCUUCCAAUAAUCUCUUCUCAUUAGAGUACACGUCCCACUCCAAACCCCAUCCAUUCCCAUCAUCUCUUCUCAAAUCCAAGUUCCGUAUUUUCGCUUUAGCUGGUUCCAAGAAACCAAAACCCACUAGUAUUCAUCCUUCAUCUCCAAAACCAAAGAGCCAGAAUACUACUCCUGCUAACUACUUCAUCAGAUUCAAAGUUGAACAAGUCCCUCUUGUCUCUCUUUUCACCAGAGAAAACAAUGAGAAAAUCAAGUCCUCCAAGGAAGUAGUGAAUAAGUAUUUCAACAAGAUAAAGAAGUUAAGGUUCUCCUCCGGCCAAGUUGCUUCAGUGGUUGCUGUUGAGAAGAAUGGAAGAAAAGAUGGUGAAAAAUGGCAGGGUGGUGGGAGUUCAUCACCUUUGAGGUUGGAAACAGUACGUCGGCGUCUCGGGAAGAGUAGGUCAGCUUCUUCCGCCGUGGCUGCCGUCCGGUCACCGCCUCGCCGGCGAGAUGAUUCUUUGCUCCAGCAGCAGGACGGCAUUCAGAGCGCCAUUGCACACUGUAAGCGUUCUUUCCAUGCAGAGAAAGGGUCAGAGUUGCAGCUGGUGAGGUCUAACAGUGAUCCGGGAGAGAUAAACCAGUUGAAGUUCAAUUAGAACUUUUAAUAGGUUGGCAAAAGAUAAAGGGUUGCAAUGAAAAGAUAUUUAAGCUGCUUUUGAGGUCUUUUAGGUAUGUCUUUCAGAAAGAUAAAGUGAAGAAAGAGUGUGCUUUUUCUAAGCAUUGUCUAGUUGUGUCUUCUUUUUUUGGACUUGUAAUUAAGUUUGUAUGAUGUACCAAAGUUUCCCCUUCA